AUGGCCCCGUCCCAAAACGUUUCCGACAGGUGUUAUGGAGUUUCGGUUUCUUGUUGCGUCCAUUUUUUGUUUCAAAGACUUGGUGGUUUCCGUUGCUGCUCCGCCGCGCCAAAUGGCAAAAGUAAAGGAAAUCAAACGCCGCAGCUGUUGAAAAUUGCCGUCAGUGGUGCGACGGAGCUUCUCCGACUAAUUUCUCCCGCCGGCCGACAAAGGGGUGUGGCUGUAGUUACCAAUACCACAGAGACCCUUAAAAGUUAUUUUAGCAUACCCAGAGCUUAUGAUUUCAGGACAGUUUUAGUGGCAAACGAAUUGGAUGAUGAAAGUCCGGUAUCGAAUAUAGACGACGUUCUUUCCGUAAUCAGAUCCGAUUACGAGAAAUCUUACUUUGUCACAGGAAUUUUCACUUCCGCAAUUUAUGCUGAAGACUGCACAUUUGAAGAUCCGACUAUCAAAUUUCAAGGUACGGAAUUAUACGAGCGCAACUUGAGACUGCUUGUACCUUUCUUCGACGAUCCAUCAAUCCAGUUGAAAAACAUAGAGAAGGUUCUUGAUUCCGGAACUGAAUUCAUAGUUGCUUCAUGGAAAUUAAGAACAUACCUUAAACUUCCGUGGAAGCCACUUAUCUCCAUCGACGGAAGAACGAUAUAUGAUUUGGAUGCAGCAUUCAAAAUAGUUAGGCAUGCUGAGAGCUGGAACAUUUCUGCACUUGAAGCAGUUAUUCAGAUAUUUACUCCUAGCUCCGAAACUCCACGCCGAUGACAGCGAACGAGAUUUAUCCUCGUUUUUCAUCCUCGGUUUUUAAAUCCUCAAAAUACUAUUAUUUUAGUAAGAGAAUUUAGUAUUUUUCGAGUAAGGCCAUCUUUUUUAUCAUACAUUUCGAGAUGAAAAAAGUUCUAAGUUUGUGCUUAUAAAUUUUGAAAAUAUUUAUUUACACUUUUAAAAUACAUGAUUCGUUUCAA